UUUACUAAACGAAUUCAAGAAGAGGAGGAGAAAGUAAGGCCAAAUCCACCAGACUCUUCUUUAACGCUCGACACUCUUCAAAAUUGAAAGCCACUUUCAAGUUUAGAAGGCAAUGGUUGCUCAACCUUAAGCAAAUGGAAACCAAUGGUAGCAGUAAUCACCAUUUCUGUGAAAAUCAGCCUUCAACAAGUUCAAAUAGUGCUAACAAAGGUCAAUCCACUGAGGAGAUUUUCGUUAACCAUGCUGAAAUAACUUGGCAUGAGGUUAGAAGACAGUGGGUCGGGGAUCAGUAUCAAAAGUCAAAAAGAAUGCCUCGGGAACCAACUAUGAGCUGGACCACAACAUAUGAGGAUUUGCUUUGUUCUACUGAACAAUUCCAACAGCCAAUUCCAUUAGCUGAAAUGGUGGACUUUUUGGUUGACACAUGGCAUGAGGAAGGCCUCUAUGACUAGAAACUUUGGGGGAACUCAUUCAGGUUUGCAAUGCUUUCUGAUGCAGAUUGAACAAAUGAAGCAAAACACAAUUGGCUAUCAUGAUUCAGUGUUGAAAUUGAUUAAAGGUUGGCUUGUAUGAGAUGAACAUGAGUUAUUAGAAUCUAUCUCAGCAAUGCUUUGGGAAUUUUUAGCUCAUGUAGUUGACUAAUCUUCUCAACUGUGAUCUCCAUGUUCAAUAACAUAUAAAGACCUUACAAUAUACCAGUCAGCCAUCGCGUUAAGCUGAUAUACAUUCUAGA